UGCGUCUUCGCUCAGUGCUUCAAACGCGCCAGUUUGAGAGGGAGUAAUCCACUUGCAUUUAUUUUUUAGAAGCGCUCUGUCACUACGCACUUCAUUUGUAGCCUACUACAACACAAUACAUGUUCUUCUGGUCAAUAAUUUCAAAGCUGUUUGGUACGAUGGAUUGGGUCACAACGCCCGAGCGUAAAGAUGCGCAGGGAUAUUCCAUGAGGGCGAUGUUUCAAGGUAUAUCCAGAAUUUGGAGAUGCCCACCUUUGCCAAGGAGGAAGCACCACUGUUUACAAGGAUCCCAUCCAGAGGAGCCGUGUGUCCUGAUCCCAGGCUGCAUGGUCUCGGAAUACCAGGAAAAGUACUCUGCCUACUGCAACACUGUUGUCCGUGCAGCCAAGAAGCUGAAAAAUGAGUACCAGCCAAUGGAAGGAAAGAUAUCCAACAUGACCACUUUCAGGUCAGACUACGUGGCCCAUGAAGUGACCCAGAGGCCACCAAAGGUCACCAAGUUGUAUGUGCCACCUGAUGGGAGAAUGAGACACAGCAGCACUUACGUCAGGGACUACCCAACUCACCCUGUUCAGAAGCACAUCGUGACCAAGCCAGAUGGGUACCAUCCGCCCACAGCAAAGAUGGUUGCCCAGUCUUUAUACAAAGAGGAUUUUCGAGCAUGGCAAAUCCAGAAAGUCCAACCCUACAGGACGCGUGACAACCUGAAGUUGAACAACAGCAAAUUUGAGGUGACCACCACCUAUCAAGACGAAUUCUGCUACAAGGGCCCAGCCGAGGCCAGGGAGAGAUUCAAACCAGCCCCCGAUGCCCCAGAGACCCUGCCCUUCGAUGGCGCCACCAACUACCAGACGCAGUAUAUGUCCCAUCCUGUCUAGCCCAGGCAGCCCAAGGAGAAGGCUGUCUACAGGCCCACCAGCGCCCCCCUCAAUGGGGUCUCCACCUACAGGCAGGACUCUCUGGGCCUGCCGGCCAAGCCUGUCAAGCCCUUCAGGGCCAAGGUGGCUUGGGAGAGCAGCCCGGCAAUCUUUCAGGGGACCACCGAGUUCCAUGAUCAGUACAAGUCCUGGCCCCUGAAGCCCAAGCACCGGCACCAUGCUCUGGGCACUAUGGUUGGUCUGCCCACAGCUCAUGCUGACCAUGUCGGUCAGCUCAUGCUGACUCCCGGUCGAGGCCUGGACAAAGGAGGCCAGGGCACCCCUCCAGACCAGGUCCACCAUGAAGGAGCACUACCGUGCCUGGGACAUGUUGCGUCCCCGCCCCCCUUUACACGCAGAUGAGCUAGAGAAACCCAUGGGGGCUUUCGCCAAGACCACCACCUUCCACUCAGCAUACACACCCAAGACAGCCCACACAGACGCUGCUGAGUCC